AUGGUUCGCGCUUUGGAACAAGAACAAGAAAGUUAUAGGUCUAGACUGUUUCAUUUCAAAGGGAUGCAUGAGAAUGCAUCAAGACAUGCAAAGAGUUUGAGCGUUGAAAGUGCUGCUAAAUUAGAAGAGUCAUCUUUGAAUGAUGACAUGAUGUUUAGAAGUCAGGGAUCUAAUAAUCAGCCUCUUAAAUCAAGAUUGGGAAAGGAUGAAGCUGCUCUGCAAGCCUCUCAAGCCAGAGAAAAACAGCUACAAGCAGAUUUAGAACAGUUGAAGGAAAGGUUUGGUAAACUGCUUUUGGGCGAGGAUAUGUCCGGUGGAGGAAAGGGUGUUUCGUCGGCUUUAGCACUCUCAAAUGCCAUUACAAAUCUUGCAGCUUCUGUCUUCGGCGAACAAUGGCGUCUGGAGCCAAUGUCAGCAGAGAGAAAAGCAAGGUGGAGAAGGGAAAUAGACUGGCUCUUGUCCGUCACGGAUUACAUUGUUGAAUUUGUUCCUUCACAACAGAAAAACAAGGAUGGAACCAAUAUGGAGAUAAUGGUGACAUGUCAAAGAACUGAUCUUCACAUGAAUAUCCCAGCACUGAGGAAGCUUGAUGCAAUGCUUAUUGACUGCUUAGACAACUUUAAGGACCAAAACGAGUUUUAUUAUGUGUCAAGAGAUGCCCCAGAUUCAGAGAAAGGAAAUGCAAAGAGAAAAGAUGAUAAAUGGUGGCUGCCUACAGCCAAAGUGCCUGAAAAUGGUUUAUCAGAUUCUGCUAGAAAAUUUUUGCAGUACCAGAAAGAUUGUGUGAACCAGGUGCUUAAAGCAGCCAUGGCAAUAAAUGCUCAAGUUUUAUCAGAAAUGGAAAUCCCAGAAAACUACAUUGAAUCUCUUCCUAAGAAUGGGAGAGCAAGUCUUGGAGACAAUAUAUACAGAAGUAUAACGGUAGAAUUCUUCGAUCCGGACCAGUUUCUGUCGAUGAUGGAUUUAUCAUCUGAGCACAAGAUUCUUGAUUUAAAGAACAGAAUUGAAGCUUCCAUAGUGAUUUGGAAGAGAAAGAUGAACCAGAAAGAUGGAAAAUCUGCUUGGGGAUCAGCUGUUAGCUUGGAGAAGAGAGAAUUAUUCGAAGAAAGAGCAGAAACCAUUUUACUCAUUCUCAAACAAAGAUUCCCUGGAAUUCCUCAAUCUGCUCUAGACAUUAGCAAAAUCCAAUACAACCGGGAUGUGGGGCAGGCUAUUCUUGAGAGCUAUUCCAGAAUUCUAGAAAGCCUGGCAUUUACAGUAUUGUCCAGAAUAGAAGAUGUAUUGCAUGCUGAUUAUGCAAGUCAAAACCCUUCUCAAGUUUCGUCUAAGAGAAGUCCUUUGAGAGAAACUCCACCACCCACAACUCCACCCCAUGAAAAGUCAAGAGAAGAUAACUCCUCGGAGACGCCUACAUCGAUGACACUCUCCGAUUUCAUGGGUUGGGAUUUGGAUCAAGCCAAUCCCGAGUUGAAGAAGGAGAUUGCAGACGAAUUACUCAAAGAUGCAGAUGGAAAAUUCAUGAACAAAAUUACAAAUGUUGUUACCAAUAAGAAAGUCUCAUAUUUGGAGAACUUGGGAGGUCUACGGAGUCCAACUGCGCGCCAUUAA